GAGACAUUCAGUCGGGAUCAGUGUGCAAGUUCAUGGGAUUAUAUAAACUCCUACGUGUUUAAGGGAGGUGGAGACAACUUAGCACCCCCCUCCCCCGUCCUUGACUGAAAUCACCAACUUAUUUUGCACAAGGGAGACGUGUGAAGGACUCCCACAGCACUUGAAAUGGAGGCCCCCGAUGGCUACUGUGCUAGUAACGGCCAAUGCUCUCCCGGUAAGGAGAACUCGAGAAUGUUGGCGGAUACGUCAACACCUAAUGGACAGACAGUUCCUCAGGGUCCUAAUUCCCCCAGUGAACUGACAAUUAAGCAAGAGGAAGAAACAGCGGAGGAGGCUGACAACAGAAGCCCAGCACUUGAAGAAAUAGGCCAAACAGGGGAGGAAGGAGCAGCAUUGGAGGAAUCAAUGACUGGCAGCCCAACCAUUGCACAGGAUGGUUUAUCUGAGCCAAAUGUGACAGCUGACGCAGGAAGUCGACAACCAAACGGUGACAGGCCGUUCCAGUGCAACCAGUGUGGCGUCUCGUUCACCCAGAAGGGAAACCUGCUGCGACACAUCAAGCUGCACACAGGCGAAAAACCCUUCAAAUGCCCCUUCUGCAGCUACGCCUGCCGGCGGCGCGAUGCCCUCAGCGGGCAUUUGCGCACUCAUGCUGUUGGCAAACCACACAAGUGUAACUACUGUGGGCGGAGCUACAAGCAGCGCACUUCUCUGGAGGAACACAAAGAGCGCUGCCAUAGUUACCUGCAGGGCAUCAGCUUGGAUCCGAACACCAACACUGGCCCUUACGCAGGUGAGGUCCCUAAAGAGCCGAGGCCCAUGGCAGAACCCAACACCAUGGCUUCCUUUGAUCGGCCGCCCGUUAUUGAAAGGUUACAGAGCAACGUGGGCAAGAGGAAGAGCACCACGCCUCAGAAAUUUGUGGGUGAAAAGAUGGUACGCUACAGUUACCCUGAAGUAGGCUAUGAGAUGGGCCUUAAGUAUGAGAAGCAGGCUGAACUGAUGUCAGCCCACAUGAUGGACCAGGCCAUCAGCAAUGCCAUCACAUACCUGGGAUCGGACACUCUUCGGCCCAUGCUCCACCAUCCAGGUCCCCCUCUCUCUAUGGGCGAAGUGGUGCCCAUGGUCAGCCCCCUCUUCCACCAUGUCUUGCCAUUGGGCCAACGAACAGAGCGUCCAGGAAACUGUGAGGCACUGCCGCCACAGCCACCUCAGCCCCAUGACUUCCCCAGCCAUCCCACCACAAACGGCCCUAGCGCUUUAUCCAGGCAGGGCAAGCUGCGCCAGCCAGGGCAAGAGGAAUCUCCCAACAACAGUGGAAUUGACUCUGCUGACUCAGCUCGCAGCAGCCCUCACGAGAGGCAGGGCUACCACGGGAGCAACCCCACUCCCAGCCUCAGGUCUCGAGCCAGUCCAGCGGUGGUCUAUUCAGGUGAACGGGUGACAGAAGCAUCACAUCGUGGGGCAGGAAUGGGGUCUGGGAUGAUGCGAGUGGCCACAGAGAGGCCUGUGAGCCAGGAAGGGGUGCGGGUGUUUGGACAAGAGGGCCAGGAGUUGCGGGCCUUCCAGUGUGAGCACUGCCGGGUGCUCUUCCUGGACCAUGUCAUGUACACCAUCCACAUGGGUUGCCACGGAUACAGAGAUCCGCUGGAGUGCAACAUCUGUGGUCACCGCAGCAAAGACCGCUAUGAGUUCUCCUCUCACAUAGUCCGUGGUGAACACACCUUCCAGUAAGAGGAUGGGUUAGGGAUUACAGGAAGGACAAAGAAGGGAAAGGAGCAAUAGCCUAAUAUCCGUCCUUACCCCCAGGCCUCUGAGACUGCACAGUUGAAUGACACUGUAGACAAGUGUAGCACAAUCAUAGCAUAGACUUCUUUUUAAGCUACUUAUUGUGAAUCUGAACAGUUGAACAAUUAUAUGAAGGUAUGGGCCAAAGACACAUUUUCUACAUAUUUAAUUGAGAUUACUAUAGAAGAAGGAAGGUAAGUUUUUCUCUCUCAAGAUGUUCAUGAAUUGUAUAACAGAGCAGCUGUCACAUGACUUUGACUAGUUUUUCAUUUUAGUCUUCUUUGUAUAUGUCUUCUGUUGUGCUUGUCCUGUAACCAUGCUUUUGUUAAAGAAAAAAUGUUUUCACUCUUGCGAAGUAAUGAAUGCAUACAGAUAGAAUGUCAUAAUCAGCACUGGUGAUGGAGGUAAAGACUUCAGGUAGUCUCUAAUUCAAUUAAACAUAAUAAUAAUAAUAAUAAUAAUAAUAAUAAUAAUAAUAAUAAUGAUAUUGACUU